AUGGCUGCCGUCGCAGAGAAUGGCCACCCCGUGGCUGAUGAGAACGCUGCUCCCGUCGCUGCUUCUACCGAUGACUCCAAGACUGUCACUGUCUUUGAUGACCCCGAGAACUUCAACGUCAAGCACCCGCUUAUGCAUGAGUGGACACUUUGGUUCACCAAGCCUCCCAGCGGCAAGGGCGACAACUGGAAUGACCUGCUCAAGGAAGUUGUCACAUUCAGCUCCGUCGAGGAAUUCUGGGGCAUCUACAACAACAUUACCCCCACCUCCGAGCUGGGCCUGAAGGCCGACUACCAUCUCUUCAAGAAGGGCGUACGACCGGAAUGGGAGGACCCUCAGAACAAGCACGGUGGCAAGUGGUCAUACCAGUUCAAGGAUAAGCGCUCCGUCCCUAUCGACGACCUUUGGCUGCACGCUCAGCUCUCCGCCAUCGGCGAGACCCUCGAAACCGACGAUGACAACGAAGUGAUGGGUGUGGUCGUCAACGUGCGUAAGGGUUUCUACCGUGUUGGUCUCUGGACUCGCACCGUUGGCAAGGGCCUUCCCGGUGACAAGACUGCUCGUACCCCGGCUCAGGGCAAGGACGUUCUGGAGGCUAUCGGUCGCCGAUUCAAGGAUGUUCUGCGACUGAAGGAGGCGGAUGUUGUUGAGUUCUCUGGUCACACCGACAGCGCGCACAGCGGUAGCACCCGUGCCAAGGCCAAGUACACCGUUUAA